UCCGUCUGUCUGGUAAUACCGGCUUGGUAGUAGCUCUUUUUGCGGCUGCGUGGAAUUAAGCGUGUGACCGAAAGAACACCGGCGCCAUGAAUAUACGGAAUGCACGGCCCGAGGACCUUAUGAAUAUGCAGCACUGCAAUCUGCUGUGUCUGCCUGAGAACUAUCAGAUGAAGUAUUACUUUUACCAUGGGCUGUCUUGGCCGCAGCUCUCUUAUAUUGCAGAAGAUGAAAACGGGAAAAUUGUCGGUUAUGUAUUAGCAAAAAUGGAGGAAGACCCAGAUGACGUUCCACAUGGACAUAUCACCUCUUUGGCUGUGAAACGGUCGCACAGGCGACUGGGGCUGGCGCAGAAACUGAUGGACCAAGCUUCCAGAGCCAUGAUUGAGAACUUCAAUGCAAAAUACGUCUCCUUGCACGUGCGGAAGAGCAACCGAGCUGCUUUGCAUUUAUAUUCCAACACUUUAAACUUCCAGAUCAGUGAGGUGGAGCCCAAAUAUUAUGCUGAUGGCGAAGAUGCUUAUGCGAUGAAACGUGACCUUACCCAGAUGGCUGAUGAUCAAAUAAGAAAACAUCUGGAAGUUAAAGAUAAGAGUCGCGCUCAGCCCCUGAGCUCUAUAGAGAAUAAAUCAGACCAUCGAUCUGGGCAUGUUGGCGAGUGCUGUCGAGAUGAGAAAUGCACAGGAAAUGUAGUGAAACGUGAUGCUACUGAGGAUAGCGGUGACAGCAAAGAUGUUAGCGAAGUCAGCGAGACAACAGAGAGCACAGACGUCAAGGACAGCUCCGAAGCGUCAGAUUCCGCCUCUUAAAGUGAACUUUACAUUUUCAGAAAAUCCAUAAUUCAUCAUCUGCUUUAAAUGACAUCUCUUCUGUUCUUUGGGUCUUCAUUGUUGUGGGCGUGUCAAAAAACAAACAAUUUAAGCUUUUUCUUUUUUGUGGAAAGCAUAACUUUUAUCUACUAUUCAUUCAUAAAGGUGUCCACUGAUUUAAGCCAAUGUAGAACAAAAAAAAACAAUAUAAAAUGA